UUCCCUUGUUCGCGACGGGUCCUGGCUACCUUGGUUUCCUGAGCAUAAUGCAUUUCCCCCUUUGAGGACCGGCAGGAGCGAGAUGUCGCGGGCACGGCCGGGCGCGCCGCGGGUGCUGGCGGCAGCGGCGACCGCGACGGCAAAGCUCCUGCUGCUCCUGCUGCUGCUGGCGCUCAUCGCCGCGACCGCCCGUGCCGCAGCCAUGGGCUCGUUCCUUGCGGCUUCCACUGCCACUACGUCAGCUGCAGCUGCUCACGGCACCGCCACCCGGCUUGCCGCCGGUGCGACCGUGAUGCCGCCACGCAGCAUCACCACGGCCGGCAGCCGCCUGGCCCUCUUGCUACUGCCGGCGGUGUCGCCACUGCCACGGACAACAGGCAGCCACUCGGCAGAUCGGCUAGUGCCGCGUGGGUGGGGAGGCAGCAGUCGCAGUAGCAGUAGCAGCGAGCGUCCCGCGCAGCCACGUUUCGUGCAUCCUUUCGAGGCACACGGGGCUGGCGGCAGCAGCGGCAGUAGCAGUAGCAGUAGCAGUGGCGGCGGCAGGAACCGCCGGGUAACACUGGCGUCAGAUGGUGGCGGCAGUGGCAGUGGCGGCGGCAGCGGCGGUGGCGCUGGCAAGGACUCGACAUCUGGCGCAACCAUCAACGAUUCUAGUGAGCUACCUCCGAGUGCAGCACACAUACUGGCGACGGCAGCUGACUAUUACGCCUACUACGGUGGCGCAUCCAGUUACGACUACGGCAGUAGCCCCCCUGGUGACACCUCUGGCGGUGACAAUGGUGACGGCAGUAGCAGCGGCGACAGCACUAACGGCCCGGCCGAUGGCGGCACCAUCACCGGCACUGCCGAGGACGUGGGUGGUGGCGUGGUGCCCUUCGCUGUGCCAUACCGCACUGGCAGUAGCAGCAGCACCGGCGGCAAUGGCGGACGCGGCGGCGGAUUGUCAGACACUGUGGCGGCGGUGGCGGCGCGGCGGUCUGAGCCGCCGGAGGGCUUCUUCGGUCGGCUGGCGGCGCAGCUGCUGGGGCUCGUGAACGGCCUGGCGGCGGCCGUGCCGCAGCUGGGAUCCAUUGCCAACGCCACCACCGCGGCUCUGGGCCUGUCGACCUCCCAGCGGCGCAACACGACCACCGCCCUGCAGACCAACCCCAACCGCACCGCCGGCUUCUACACUGCCGGCACAGCGGCCGUGGACCCCACCCUCGCCGCCGCCCUGGCGUCCGGCUACUCUGCUUCUGUAGCCAAGGACAUCGUCACCUCGGGCGCCCCCACCGCCAGCUUCGGUGCCGCGGGUCAGACCAUAGCCGUGGGCAACACCAGCACCCCCGGACCUGGCGACACGGGCGCGCGGGCGCUCACCGGCGGCCUUACGCUGGCAGGCGAACAGGCGGUUCCCACCCGUGUCACCUUCACCAUCGGCCCCGUACUCAACGUGUUCAGCGGGGGCCGGCGCACCGGCGCCAGCAGCCAGAAUGGAGCCGCGGUGGAGGGCACAGGCCAGGCCUCCGACAUGACGGUCAUCUCCUCCUCCCUCGCCACCUACGCCAAGCAGCAGCUCGGCGGCGCCGGCGGCGUGGCGGCGCAGCGGGCGGCGGACCAGUCGCAGGCGGCGCUCCAGCAACAGAUGGCGCAGGAUAUGGCCACGCAGCAGGCCGCCGCCCUAGACUCCCUGCACACCGAGCUGCAGCGCCAGAAGCUGAGGCAGCAGCUGCAACGACAGCAGAAGCAGAAUCAACAAAAUGGAGGCAAUGGCGGCAGCGGCGGCGGCGGCAACAGAGCGACCCAGGCUUUGCUUGCUGCGCUGCAGAAUGACGGCAACAAGGGCAAGGGUGGCGGCAGCAGCCCGCCAGCGCAGGGGCCGCCGCCGCAGCAGCCUCCUGCGCAGCCAGGGCCCCCGCAAGGGACUGGAGCAAGUCCUUCAAGACCGCAGCGCAAACAGCCUCCGCAAAGAGCCAACAGCGGCGGCGCCUCCGGCUUCGUGCGUGUGGCCCACCGCGACCUGCCCAACUUCAACAGCAACGUGCUCACCAACAGCGCGGGACUGCUGCAGACCUUUGGAGCCACCAACCUGUUCGGCUGGACCAGGGGUUCAGCCGAGGCGUCUGCGGCGGUUUUCGGCACGGAGAGCACGGCGGCACGUGCCUCGGGCGGCGCGUUUGGCACCGGCGCCGCCUCCAGCAGCACCUUCGUGGUGGGCGUUACGCCGCUGCAGGAUGUGGUGUGCCUUCCCAAGAAGCCUCAGCCGCACCCCGAGCAGCAGCAGGGGCCUCAGGGCGGCAACGCGCUCCAGGACUUGCUGCAUUCAGCGGCAGUGGCCCCCCUCCCGGCCGAGCUGACGGCCGGCUCGGGAGGCGCCGUUGUCGGGCAGGAAGGGGCAAGCGCGAGCGGGGACCAGCGCAGCGGUGGCGUCGUCGGACCCGCUGCGUCCGCAGCAGACUGCCAGCCGGCUCCCGCGUCGCAGGGGCCAGGGCCAGCGUGACCUGAAUGCCCGUUGUCACAUUGCAAUGACUGGAUGCGAAGGAGGACGAGGGUAGGCUGUCGCGAGCGACUGAUCGGGCGGGAGGAUGGUUCAAGCGGCCGUCAGUGGGGCCGUCCAAGCCUGGUCGAGUAUCGGGCGCAUGUUGAGUCCUUUUCAUUCAAAAGGACGUCUUUGCGCAGAGUUGACCGCCCUUUCG